CAGAGCUUAAGCUUCAUUUUACAGUCACUUGCGCUAUCUAAAAAUACUCUGAGCUGAUCUUUCAAAAAACGAAGCAUAUAACAAUUAGUAAACUGAGCUAAAUAGUAAGUAGCCUUAGUUUUACUGGUAUAAAAUGAAGUUUGAUGUUCAGACAUAAAUACGCUAUGCAUUUUGCAAACAAUAACUCUUUUGCGUCAUGCCUGUCUACGGAAACUUCUGCGGCCAAACCUACAUCAUCUUUGAGUUUGUGCGCACAUCUCUAUUCCUGUCCGGAGUGCAACGGGUUAAGAAGCGGGGGUCCAGAUUCCUCCUCUCAUGAUCGCCAUGAUGAACAAAUGAACUCUCGGGGAAUGAAAUUCAAAUUUCACAAAGGAGAAAAAGUCCUCUGUUUUGAACCUGACCCAUCUAAGGCCAGAGUGCUCUACGAUGCAAAGGUUGUUGACAUUGAGGUAGUCAAAGAUGACCAGGGAAAAAGGGUCCCAAAGUAUCUGAUUCAUUUCAAUGGUUGGAACAGAAGUUGGGAUCGCUGGGCUGCAGAGGAUCAUGUGCUCAGAGAUACUGAAGAAACUCGGAAUUUACAACGUAAACUGGCACGCAAAGCUUUGGCUCGCAUGAGGAAAAAGGGAUGGAGGAAGCGACGUUGUCGUUUGCUAGGUGUUAACUUAUUCUUAAAGACCCUCCCUGAAGAGGAAGAGGAGGAGAGUGAUGAUGCUUCUCUGAUUUCAUCAUCUGAUGAUUGUGACGAAGACAAUUCGGACCCAGAGUCUUUAAAAAGUGAGAGUGACUUUUCUGAGGAUUUGGACAAAAUGAAGGAAGAGCAGGAAGCUAAUGCCAAAAGGGAGAUUGAAGAUAAGAUCAUCACUAUAAACAUCGACAUCCCUGAUGUUCUCAAGAAGAAGCUGGAGAACGACUGUUACUACAUUAACAAAAGAAAAAAGCUGGUGAAGCUUCCAUGCCAGAUGAAUAUAGUAAACAUUCUGGAGUCCUACGUGAAGCACUUCACGAUCAAUGCAGCUUUCGCAGCUAAUGAGCGCUACCGGCACCCUCAGAGCUCCACACAGACCAGUAUGAGUCCACAUUAUGUCCCACCUGAGAAGAAUGAAGAGCUCUGUAAAGAGAUGGUGGAUGGUUUGAGGAUCAUAUUUGAUUUCACCCUUCCGCUGAUCCUCCUGUACCCAAACGAGCAAGCUCAAUUUAAGAAAGUCAGCUCCUCCAAGUUCUUCCUGCCAAUCACUGACAGUGCAGUUUGCUCCAGUAGGACUCUUAGAGAGCGUUCGCCCAGUCCUGGCCAGAAUCCCUCGACCCCCCAAUCCACAGACAGCCAACCAGCUUUGAGUGAAUCCUCCAGCAUACCUGUCACCAUGGCAACCACACCUAAGCGUCGUCGCAGUGCCAAUCCAGAUUCUGACUUCACACAGUUCCUGCGACGCUCGACUCGCAAUACAUUCGGAGGGGAUCGGUUGGCAGAGGCUGGGGGUGGAGGCAGCUGCAAUGCUUCUCCUCAACCCAAGCGAAGGCUUACUGAGGUGCCAACACCACUGCCCAAAUUCUUCCUCAACCUGGAGAAGAAGACUCCGGUCCACAGCGGCUCCUCCUCUCCUUUACCCUCGACACCCAGUAAGGAUUGCAGUGGAGUUUUCUUAUGGCUUGAAACCCAGAAGAACAGCGAACUGAAUGAGGUUUUGAGCUGGAGAUUGACACCAGAUAACUACCCUCAGCAUGACCAGCCCCCCCCUCCAUCUUACCUCUACGGCUCUCAGCACCUGCUUCGGCUCUUUGUGAAACUUCCAGAAAUCCUGGGGAAGAUGCACAUACCAGAAAAGAACCUGAGGGCACUGGUGAAACACUUCGAGCUUUUCCUGAGGUUUUUGGCAGAGUUUAAUGAGGACUUCUUUCCAGAAUCUGUGUAUGUGUCUGCAUCUGAAGCACAUUACAACAUGAAGCCACGUUGAGUCGACUAAGAGCCGCUAAUGGAGAUUUGCUGCGCUCCCCCAAAGUUUUGCUUCUGUGCCUUUUCUUUUUGCCUGUGGAUCCUGUUCGUUUCCUUGGACCAUUUCCACCGGUCCAUUUCUAACUGAACCUGUUUACCAUUGAUGAGAAACUUGCAUUACUGUGUUGUGCAAUUUACAAAGGGUUUUUUUAAUGCUUUUUUUCUUAAAGCAUUUUUUGAUUCGGUGUUAAAACAAUGGAUGUCCGUUUCUAAUUUUUUGGCUAUUCUAUAGGAUAGAGGGAAGCCACCAUCGCUUCAAGCUUGUGCUUCGCUGGUUUUUCUUCUAUAAAAGAAAAGCGGACUGUUUUUGUCCUCCCCAUUCUGCAUCAGCAGCUCUUUUUCUCUUUUCCUUCUAUAUGUGCUUCAGCAACUGUGCAAGAGACUUUUAUUACAAGUUUGUUCCUACUACAUAGAAUUAUUGUGGUUUCAUUAUUUUUUUAAACUUGUAAUUUCCUGUGUAUAAAGCCCUCAAUGUUAAUAGAUUUAAUUUCUUUUUUAAUCAUAAGAAAAUAGGAAAGGGCUGGCAUGUACAUUAUUCCCAUUUCUUCUUGUAACUGUAUAUUUGUUUAUUUGCGUUCACCUUUUUGUUUCUGUCUUAAAGCAUGCACAAAAGAACUGCUGUUGGAAAUAUUGUAGACAUGUCUCUCUUAUUUGUAGAUUAUCGAUGAUCUUUAAAGUGUGUCAUUAUGGUGACACUUAAACUUUAAAGGGAUUUUAAGCAAUUUCAGACAUAUUUCUAACAUCAGUCACAAAACUUCUCUUCUAAAUCCUAUCGUCCAAAGGCAUGUCAGCAAACCUGAACACACCAAGCUGGUGUAAUUAGACCCAUCUCAUCAGGUACUGUAGUUUUAAGGAAAAUGCUGAUCUGUGACUGACUUACACAGGAUUGAAUAAAGUAAAAAUAGAUGUGCAUUGAAAUUCUCCAAAAUCCCAGCAACGUCUUUUUCAAAUAACAGACUCAAACUACAGUCAUUAUUGUGAAAGAAAAAGCAGAUUAAAGGUAAAUGUAAAUAUGUUUGUUUACAUUUUACAUUUGUUUUACAUUCACAGUUUUAAAGGGACAGUUUACCCCCCAAAAAAUGAAAAUUCACUCGUCAUUUAUUCACCAUCGUGCCAUCCCAGAUAUGUGACUUUCUUUAUUCUGCAGAACACAAAUCAAGAUUUUUAGAAGAAUAUUUCAGCUCUGUUGGUCCAUACAAAGCAAGUGAAUGCUGACCAGAACUUUGAAGCUCAAAAAAGCACAUAGGCAGCAUAAAAGUAAUCCAUAAGACUGCAGUGGUUUAAUCCAUGUCUUCUGAAGUGAUAUGAUAGGGUUAGGGUGAGAAACAGAUGUAAGAAUCUUCAUUUUUCCCUUUAAUUCACAAGCAUUCUUUCAAUGCAAGUCUGUGGGGGUUUUAUUGUACUUACAAUAUUCACAGAGCAGACAAUCCGUUUAAAAGGUCAAGGCAACCUUAAUCAGAACAGUCUGAAGGUCUGCCAUAAAUUUAGUUGAUGUUGCUUAAAAUCUUUAUUACAGUCAGAAACUUUAAAUGUCUUCACAUUGCAUGUGUGAGCCGCCAGGUUCAUGUCCCACAAGUGUCCCAAACGGGCAGUGAGGGAAGGGUUUUGGUUUUGAACUCCAUGGCUCUGGAUGCAGAGACUAUAAAUAAGACACAUGUAAAGGAAAAAUAUUUUAAGGAUCUACAGUACACUAUAUUUUAUAGGUUUGGAUAUAAACCAGGGACUAAAAAUGCUCAAGGGAUGAAAACAAAAACUGAAACCGAAUCGAAUUUCAGCAGAACGUAACCGAAAACCGGAACAAAGUGAUUUCCAAUUGUUUUGGAAUGAAGACGUUAUUUUGAAACGCUGGUUUAUGGGUUAUAACCGGUUCAUUUCCUUCUUGUUAUUUUUCAUGAAACUAAAGGGCAAAGGGUUUAUCACCGUAAAUGUCUGGAACUACAUCACUUCCUGUUGCCCGAAACAAUGAAACGUGCUUUGAACCUGAAGGGAGCUUGACAUGUGCCCAUUGUAGAUGAACCAUUCUGUAAAUAAAAACCUUUUUAACAACUAUGUAUAAUUAUUACAUAUACAUGCACGACUAAUCCAGAUACCAGGAAAACAUUAUUACAGGUAAAAGUUCAUUUCUCAGUUGAUUAUUCACUGAAUUAUUGUGAGAUUUGAUGCAUUAAUACAGUUUUGAUGCUGAUCUGUAAUUAAAAUUAUAUAUAACUUAAUUAACUGUAUGCUUGUU